AAAGGAGGCACGCUUGGCACGUACGCCCAAGUAGGAGCUCCCGCCCACUUCUUUCGGAGGAAGGCGCGCGUGGGUGACCCGGAUGCAAAACUGCGCCUCGUUUCCUGAGAGCGGGACGGUAGAAAAACUCAACUUUGGCGGAUAUUUAUAAGACAGUAAUAUUUAUUGGAAGCAUGGCUGAGUUACUAGACAGCGGAAAGAAAAAGAGAAAGAAAUUUGAAGAAGCUGAUAGCGCAAGUGCUAAAGACUCAAAGGCUGAUUCCUCUAUCAUAGCAAAUGAUGGUAAAACUUCUAGUACAUGUGAUGAAGAUAAGGGAGAUGGGAGUGCUCUUGAUGACAAAAGACUGAAAAAGAUGAAAUUUGAAUCUGAAUCUGAAGAGGUUCCUGCAGAUAAAAUGGCAGGUGUUACUGACACAGCCAGUUUGGGGGUCCCAGAAGCUGGAAAGAACUUGGUUGAAGAAGCAAAGAGAGAUGCUUCCCCAGACCUAGAGAUAAAGCCUGCGGUCACGGUGGAAGAAAAUAAAGCAACAAUAAAUAAAGAAUAUUGUGACACAACUGAAAAGGGAGAGGUCAGUGCUGGGGAGAGCAGGAGAGCAAGAAAAAGAAGAGGGGACCAUGAUCUUGACCAAAGCCCAACAAAGAAAAGACAUACUGAAACUGUAGCAGCACAUUAUAAUAAGCUUGAAGAAGUUGGAUUGGAACAGCGUAGUAUGAGUCGCAUUUUCUAUCUUCGGAAUUUUAACAACUGGAUAAAGAGUGUGCUCAUUGGUGAAUUCCUUGAGAGGGUGCGGCAGAGAAAGCAAAACAUUGCAGUUUUAGAUUUGGGAUGUGGCAAAGGUGGGGACUUACUAAAAUGGAGAAAAGGCAGAAUUAGUAGGCUUGUAUGUACAGAUAUUGCUGAUGUUUCCGUACAACAGUGCGAAUCACGGUACUAUGAUAUGAAAAACCGUGGUCGUCAAAAUGAGAGAAUAUUUAGUGCAGAAUUUAUAACUGCUGACAGCACAAAGGAACCUCUCUCCAAAAAGUACAAUGAUCGAAACAUCCACUUUGACAUUUGCAGUUGUCAAUUUGUAUAUCAUUAUUCUUUUGAGACGUAUGAACAAGCUGAUAUGAUGCUUAGAAAUGCCUGUGAAAGACUUUGCCAUGGAGGAUAUUUUAUUGGCACAACUCCAGAUAGCUAUGAACUUGUAAAGCGCCUUGAAGCUUCAGAAACAGACUCUUUUGGGAAUGAAAUAUACACAGUGAAGUUUCAGAAGAAGGGAGAUUACCCCUUGUUUGGCUGCAAGUAUGAUUUUAACUUGGAAGGAGUGGUUAAUGUGCCAGAGUUCCUGGUCUAUUUUCCAUUGCUGGUAGACAUGGCCAAGAAGUAUGGCAUGAAACUAGUCUACAAAAAGACUUUUCAGGAGUUUUACGAAGAAAAGGUUAAGAAUGAAGAACAUAAAAUUCUUUUGCAGCAAAUGCAGGCAUUGGAGAAAUACCCUGCUGAUGAAAGUUCCAGGCUGGUCUCAAAUAAAAAAGAGGACUAUGAGCAUGCAGAAAUGCUUAAGAAUGGUGGGAAAGCCAAGUUACCCCUUGGAACCCUGAGUAAAUCUGAAUGGGAGGCAACAAGUAUAUAUUUGAUUUUUGCCUUCGAAAAGCAGCAGUAAAAGACGACCACAAAAACACAAUUGAAGUGCUCUAGCAUCCAAAGUGACAGCUAUUUUAUAUUUUUAUGUUUUAAAAGUGUGCAGGACACAACCAAAUUGGGCAAGCUUACCUAUGGUUUGACUGUCUGUGACAGAUGGAAUUUUGUUUUGUGUGUCUGUCUAUACACACACGCACACACACACAAAAUAUGAUUUUAUGUUUGGGGGAUGAUUGGGUUCUUACUCUUAACAAAGGAUACAUUAGUUUGCGUUCAGACACCUUGGUCUAUUACUGACUGCUUAUAAACCUACAGCAUGAUAGUGAUCACAGGAUGAAGAAAUAACGUAGCUUCCAUCCAGAUGGUAAUUCAGCUGUUGCCAUACUCUCUCAAUUCCUUGACAAGCCAAAGUAGUAAGGGUCUUGGUAAUUUCUGAGCUCUACAUGCUGUUUGAGCUGCCCCAAAGUUUUGAAGUGGUCAUCAUGCAACAAGUGUUUAUUUGAAAUCGCCUGUUGUUCUGCUUUACAAAGUUGCAGACAAGCAAAUUAGCAAAUGUCAGCUGAAUUCAAAACCACUGCACUCCAUGGAAAAAUAGCUGCCCCCAUUCCAGAGCUAUGUAACUGGGUGUCUCCUUUUAGAGGAGAGACCUUUGUCAACCAGUUUAAGUGAAUGACGAUGUGCUUGCAUGCAUGUGAGCUCUGUACAUCAGAAUGCCAGACAUAAUUCAUUGGUUGGGCUUUUUAUCGCCACUCCACAGUGCAGUAUUUUCAGUGUUAAAUAAUUGUGGUUGAUGUGUCAGAUGGGGGAGUAUUUGGAGGAACACGAAUUUUGUUGUUUGUGCUCAUUGGUGUGUAAUUUUUCAUAGUAUGUGAUCAAGAUUAAAUAGAUUUCUGUUCUGUACAA